GUGCGGGCCAGUGGGCCUGGGGUCCCACCCCCCACCUACUCAGCCCUUUCCAGGGCAUCUGGGGCUGAUACCCCUCGGAGAACUGUUAGCUGAGCACAGGCAGCUCAGGCCCAGGGUCCUGGAAUGCCAGGGUGGGGCUUCUCUAGCCUCCUCUAGCCAGGUGGGGCUGUGGCACUGCCUGCCCAGCCAGUGCAGCCCUCUGGUUCUAAGAGGGGAGAAGCUGGCUGAGCUGGCAGGCAGAGUGUCCAUGGCACUGCACGGAUCGCUGGUCCCUGUACUCCACCUGCUGGGGUCCUUAAACUGUGGCGUCACCCAGGCAAGUGAGAAGCAGGGGCUGCCGAUGGCCAGCGCAGGUCCUGGCCCGGCUGGGCAGGAGGGGCCCAUAAAGGCGGAGCGUGGGAGGCUGAGAGGUGAGGCCCACAGCAUUGUCCCCAAGCUCUGCGGUGGCCUUUGUCAGGGGAGCCCAGCAGGUGCAGCCUCCCCCCGCCCACCCCCGAUCUUGCUCCUGGAGGCUGUGGUGUAUAAGGGUGCUGAAGAAAGGAAACAAAGCUGGUGCUCACUGGCCAAGGGAGGGGCCGUGGCUUCUGAACCAUCGGCCCCCACUUGGGGGUCCUAUUAGGGCUUUUUUCCCUCUGCGGGGUCCCUGGCCCAUCAGGCGUUGAGGGAGUCUGGCUACAGUGUUCUCCGUCCACCUUCUGUCUAGAAGACACUUCACCUCGAACCAUGAAUCUCGACAUCCAGUGUCAGCAGCUGAGUGACGCCCGGUGGACGGAGCUCCUGCCUCUGAUCCAGCAGUACCAGGUGGUCAGGCUGGAUGACUGUGGCCUCACGGAGGUGCAGUGCAAGGACAUCUGCUCUGCCCUCCAGGCCAACCCCUCGCUGACCGAGCUGAGCCUUUGCACGAAUGAGCUGCACGAUGCCGGGGUGCGGCUGGUGCUCCAGGGCCUGCAGAGCCCCAGCUGCAGGAUCCAGAAGCUCAGCCUCCGGAACUGCUGCCUGACGAACACCGGCUGCGAGGUCCUGCCCGACGCGCUGCGCUCCCUGCCUACCCUGCGCGAGCUGCAGCUCAGCGACAACCCGCUGGGGGACGCGGGCCUGCAGCUGCUCUGCAAAGGACUCCUGGACCCCCAGUGCCACCUGGAGAAGCUUCAGCUGGAGUACUGCAACCUGACGGCCGCCAGCUGUGAGCCCCUGGCCGCAGUGCUCAGGGCCUGGAGGCACGUCAAGGAGCUUGUGGUGAGCAACAACGACAUCGGCGAGGCUGGCGUGCAGGUGCUGUGUCGGGGCCUGGUGGACUCUGCCUGCCAGCUGGAGACGCUCAAACUGGAGAACUGCGGCCUCACGCCGGCCAGCUGUAAGGACCUGUGCGGUGUCGUGGCCUCCAAGGCCUCGCUGCAGGAGCUGGACCUGGGUGACAACAAGCUGGGUGACCAGGGCAUCGCCACACUGUGCCCCGCGCUGCUGCACCCCAGCUCCCGGCUCAGGGUCCUGUGGCUCUGGGACUGUGACAUCACCACCACGGGCUGCAGAGACCUGUGCCAAGUGCUCAGGGCCAAGGAGAGCCUGAAGGAGCUGAGCCUGGCAGGCAAUGCGCUGGGGGACGAGGGCGCCCGGCUGCUGUGCGAGAGCCUGCUGGAGCCUGGAUGCCAGCUGCAGUCCCUGUGGGUGAAGUCCUGUGGCCUCACGGCCGCGUGCUGCCCCCACGUCAGCGCGAUGCUGACCCACAACAAGCACCUCGUGGAGCUGCAGAUGAGUGACAACAAGCUGGGCGACUCCGGCGUCCAGGAGCUGUGCCAGGGCCUGAGCCAGCCUAGCGCCACGCUGCGGGUGCUCUGGCUGGGGGACUGCGACGUGGCCAACGGCGGCUGUAACAGCCUGGCCUCGCUCCUGGUGGUCAACCGCAGCCUGCGGGAGCUGGACCUCAGCAACAACUGCAUGGAUGACCGGGGCAUCCUUCGGCUGAUGGAGAGCCUGGAGCGGCCUGGCUGUGCGCUGGAGCAGCUGGUCCUGUACGACAUCUACUGGACGCAGCAGACCGAGGACCUCCUCCAGGCCCUGGGAGAACGCAAGCCAGGCCUGCGGAUUAUCUCCUGAGAGGCCUCCUGCCCCUCCCCCUCCGGACCUCCUGGCUGAGAGUGAAGAGAAGUGUUCAAAUCGAUGGACUUCUGUGGGAAAGUUUCAGACGCUUUUAUUAAAGCACUUUUUUUGG